AUGAGGGGUCAGGCGUGGCCAAAAGGCAACGGGCCGGAGUCCGUCGGGAUAUCCACUUCAUCCCCGGCGCCAACUACUUCAGCCCCGCUUUGUAGGAUGCAUAAACCAUAUGGUUCCAGGACCGGAGAGUUCGGGGAUCAAUCACAACGGCGAAGCGGAUAUCUGUCCAAAUGGGGAACAGAUGAAUCAGAUGAAUAUGUUGUGACUAGACCAUAUCAGCUCAUCCUUGCGGUGGGAUGGAUGGCCAAGAGGAUAUACCAGUUCGAACUGCCCAGAGCACGCGGGAAGAUCGCCGAGUUAUGUGGAGUUGCCGCAGAUCAGUCACCGGUUCCGAAGAUCAACCCGAUGUCGAUCGUUGCUAGAAGAGGCUGGCAGCUCGCCAAUCUGGCGAUCACCGCUCAUAGCCAGGUACAACUAAAUCAUGACAGCGGGACGCGAAGUUCUGUUUCUUGA